GCCAGAGUGGUCCGCUCAGUGGUUCUAGGUUGCGCGCAGCGUUAACUACGCUUAUAACGAAUAUAUCAAAAUACGACGCGGCGGUCAGUACUCGUCUUUACACAAAAAACAAAGGACAACUAGUAUUAAAAUUUAUACGUAAUCAAAUUUAUGGUUUUCCAUAAUAGAUUUAUGGUGCAGCAAGUCAGAAAAAAAUAAAAAUAAAAAUAAAAAAAUAAUAAAAACGAAACGUAGAAAGCAUUAAAAUAAAUCAAGUGGACUAAAAGAAAAAACCAAAAAUAUAAAUACAAAAUUAAGUUUGUGCGCGUGUGUGUGUGUAUAAAACCAGCUUAAUGCUUUCUACAUAAUUUAUAGUUAUUGUUCUUCUUUUCGAAAUAUCACAGCUCCACUUAGCAUAUGCCGGCGACUAUGUACUCGAACUUUACCAGAUAUCAGUAUAAACGAUAUAUAUCGUACGAUAGAGAGUCAUUAGCAUCACAAUAUGAACCCGGCGGCUACUCGUUGCAGGCACAAAAUCGCAAAGAUGCCACCAUGAAUCAGCGCGAUGGUAUAAUCAAAUUCGAAAAUGAACGUAUCAAAACGCUACAAGAAGAACGUCUACACAUACAAAAGAAGACUUUUACAAAAUGGAUGAAUUCAUUUUUGAUAAAGGCAAAAAUGGAGGUCGAAGACCUAUUCACAGAUCUAGCCGAUGGCAUCAAAUUACUUAAGCUGCUGGAGAUCAUAUCGUCGGAGAAACUGGGCAAGCCGAAUAGCGGUAGGAUGCGUGUACAUAAAAUCGAAAAUGUCAACAAGAGUCUGGCAUUCUUGCACACCAAGGUAAGUUACUCAUAGUAAGCACCAUUGCAA